AUGCCUAAAUCCUUUUCCCAAGCUUGUCUAGUAGACCGAGAAGAGGAGGGGAGAGAAGAGCAGGGCUUUGUAGAAUCUCGUAAACAGGAAAUUAUCAAAGUCAAUGAGCAGCUGAUUGAGUCGAUCAACAACGGAGACUUAGGCCUACGUAUUUGUGACCCUGGGCUGACCUCCUUUGAGCCUGAGACCCUGGGCAAUUUGGUGGAAGGACAUGACUUCCAUCGCUUUUACUUUGAGAAUGCCCUGUCUAAAGGGAAUAAGCUGGUGCACACCAUCCUGUUGAACCCACACAUGCACCUGCACGUGUGGGACGGCAGCGGCAUGCCACACACCAUGCAGUCUGAGGAGACCCGUGUAUGGCAUCGCUGUGAGGGCAAGUGGCAAAACAUCCACUUCCACCGCUCCGGCUCACUUAGCGUCCCAUCCCAGUAA